AUGGCAACCAAGAGCCUUCUUCUCGCCGCCCUCCUGGUCCUCGCCGUCAGCCUGGCACCGCACGGUGCGGAGGCGGCGGGCAAGCAGCCUCCACUGGCAAUGAUCUCCGGCGUGGUGCCAUGCAGCGCCGGGAACUCCAUCAACGUGGCUGCGGUUCCGCCGUUCCCGAAUGCCGCCGUGCAGAUGGUGUGCGGCCGUGAUGUGAUGGCCAGCGCGACGGCGGACCGCAGCGGAACGUACACCAUGAACAUGGGCCCGGCCACAUCAUCGCUGCUCGCCCCUCUGCUCGGCAACCAGUGCAAGGUGGUGGUGGUCACCCCGCUGGCCACCUGCAACGCGUCCCUAGCCAGCGUCACUGGGACGCUGACUGCACCAGUUCAGCUCCUGGGUAUUGACACUGGCAGUGGCAAUGGCAGUGGCAGCGGUAGCGGCGGCCUCGGGGGGCUUGGCGGCCUAAUUGGCCUCAUCGGCCAGAUCGUGGGCGGCCUCCUUGGCGGCAUCCUUAAUAUUAUCCCAUUGCCCUUCUCCGUCGUCUAG